GGGAAAGAAGGAGACAAAGAAGAAGACCAUGCAGGAUCUUUCCAGGCCGUCUCCUUCCAGCUUUGCUUUUUGUGCAGUCAAGUUGAGAUUCCAGUCUCACGUUCCUCAGAAUUGAACACAGGAGUCGAUCUGGACUCUCAGAAUAAAAUCAGAGUAUUUGGAUACAGUAAUCCCUGGAGUGGCACAGCUUUGGAGUCCCUGGUGUUCCGGAAGGAUUUUCUCAGUCUGUGAUCAUAGAUGAAGAAGAAACCCAGUUCAUGAGCAAUUGUCCCGUUGCUGUGACUGAGAGCACACCCAGAAGGAGGACACGCAUCCAGGUGUUUUGGACAGCUCCUCCCACUGGGACAGGCUGUGUCAUCCUGAAAGCCAGUAUUGUGCAGAAGCGCAUAAUUUAUUUUCAAGAUGAGGGCUCUCUCACCAAAAGAAUUUGUGAGCAAGACUCAGCCUCGGAAGGUGUGACAGACAAACCAAUUUUAGACUGUUGUGCCUGUGGUACUGCCAAGUACAGGCUGACUUUUUAUGGAAACUGGUCGGAAAAAACACAUCCCAAAGAUUUUCCACGACGCACCAACCACUGGUCUGCCAUCAUUGGUAGCUCCCACUCCAAGAACUACAUCCUGUGGGAGUAUGGAGGAUAUGCCAGCGAAGGGGUCAAGCAAGUUGCAGAGCUGGGGUCCCCAGUGAAGAUGGAAGAAGAAAUUCGACAGCAGAGUGAUGAGGUUCUAACAGUCAUCAAGGCCAAGGCACAGUGGCCAGCCUGGCAACCUCUGAAUGUGAGAGCUGCUCCCUCUGCUGAGUUUUCCGUGGAUCGCCACCGGCACCUGAUGUCCUUCCUGACCAUGCUGGGCCCCAGCCCCGACUGGAACGUGGGGCUCUCUGCCGAGGACCUCUGCACCAAGGACUGCGGCUGGGUCCAGAAAGUCGUGCAGGAUUUGAUCCCCUGGGAUGCCGGCACCGACAGCGGCGUCACCUACGAGUCUCCUAACAAACCUACAGUGCCUCAGGAGAAGAUCAGACCUCUUACAAGCUUAGAUCAUCCUCAAAGCCCAUUUUAUGAUCCAGAAGGAGGGUCUAUCAAGCUGGUGGCCAGAGUUGUCAUUGAGAGAAUUGCACGAAAGGGGGAGCAGUGCAAUAUCGUUCCUGAUAACAUAGAUGAUAUUGUGGCAGAUCUAGCACCCGAGGAAAAAGAAGAAGAUGACACCCCUGAGACUUGCAUAUACUCAAACUGGUCCCCAUGGUCAGCCUGCAGCUCCUCUACCUGUGAAAAGGGUAAGAGGAUGAGGCAGAGAAUGCUCAAAGCUCAGCUGGACCUCAGCGUGCCCUGCCCAGACACCCAAGACUUCCAGCCCUGCAUGGGCCCAGGCUGCAGUGAUGAAGAUGGCUCCACCUGCAUGAUGUCUGACUGGAUUACGUGGUCCCCCUGCAGCGUCUCCUGCGGGAUGGGGACGAGAUCCAGGGAGAGAUACGUAAAGCAGUUCCCUGAGGAUGGCUCCAUGUGCAAAGUGCCCACUGAGGAGACUGAGAAGUGUAUUGUAAAUGAGGAAUGCUCUCCCAGCAGCUGCCUUGUCACGGAGUGGGGUGAGUGGGACGAGUGCAGCGCCAGCUGUGGCACGGGGAUGAAGAGAAGGCACAGGAUGAUCAAGAUGACUCCUGCUGAUGGAUCCAUGUGCAAGGCAGAAACCACCGAGGCAGAGAAAUGCAUGAUGCCCGAAUGCCAUACCAUUCCCUGCCUGCUGUCUCCCUGGUCUGAGUGGAGUGACUGCAGUGUAACCUGUGGGAAGGGAAUGAGAACCAGGCAGAGGAUGCUGAAAUCUGCUGCUGAGCUGGGAGACUGCAACGAGGAGCUGGAGCAGGCAGAGAAAUGCAUGCUGCCAGAAUGCCCCAUCCACUGUGAGCUGACGGAGUGGUCCCAGUGGUCGGAGUGCAACACCUCCUGUGGCAAGGGCCACAUGAUCAGGACGAGGAUGAUCAAAAUCGAGCCCCAGUUUGGGGGAGCAGCCUGCCCUGAGACCGUGCAGCGCACCAAAUGCAGAGUGAGGAAGUGCCUGCGGGGAGCAGGGAUGGAAAAAAGGCGCUGGAAGGAGGCCCGGGAGAAGAGGAGAAGCGAACAAGCCAAGAAGAAUUUAGAUAGUGAGCAAUAUCCAGUUUGUAGGAUGAAACCAUGGACUGCUUGGACAGAAUGUUCUACACUCUGUGGAGGUGGAAUUCAGGAGCGCUACAUGAUGGUAAAGAAGAGGUCCAAAAGCACUCAGUUCACCAGCUGCAAAGACAAAAAGGAGCUAAGAGCUUGUAAUGUCCAUCCUUGUUAACAAAACACAAGGUUCCAAGUGAUGCACUCUGAGCUAAAUGGAAAGUCAACCUUGGUUUGUUUUUUUAGAACAACAACAACAACAAAAUAUAAAGUGUAUAUUAGUUUUCAUUUUUGCAGUGUGGUUUGCUUUUUAGUCUUGCUGGUGCAAGAAAAAUAUUUUAUAAAUAUUUCCUCACGGAUUUAUGCUGAGAGUAAGUCUUUGUUACUCCAGCCAGCCCUUAAUGCAUAAAAAUAGUAAAGUCAUGGUGAGUUAUUUAACUAAAAUACAGACACAUCUGUGGACAUGGAAUAGCCAUAUAGAAAUACCACUUGUAAAGACGUGGGAUGCAUGCAUAUUAACAAAACUGAGUUAAAGUGACAGGAAGUUUCAUCUGUGGGAAGAUUUCUCUCUAGAUUUGAUUUUGAAAAUCCAAAGCAGUGCCUCUGUGAUUACACAACUAUGCCAAGGAGUAAUGUCAGUAAUGCUGGUUCAAUAACAUUAAAGGUGCAUGUUUAUCUUUUUACACUAUUGGGUUAAGCUGAUAGUUAUUAUUAUAAUAAUCUAAACACUUUUCUUCACAUGGAUGCUGUGGUCCAUGAAAGAAGGUCUUUUUUUUCUGCAAAACUUAAAAAGGAAAUAAUUUUUGUGGCUCAACAGUGAUGUCUGACCACCACACAAUCACAGUCAAGACAGCACAUAAAGAAAACAUGCAAAUAUCAUAAUAUGUGUACAGUCCAUUGCCUCUCAAAAUGGACACAGAACUAGGAGAAAUUGGUCCAGAAGGUUGCAACAGCUGUGCCACAGGAUGUCUUCCACAUGAGGGACACAAAAAAAUUAGAUUCAGUUUCACAAGGAUUUUAUUCACAGGAGAAGAGGGAGACAGGUUUAUAAAAAAAACAAGAAUAGUAGAGAAAAGGUGAGCCAGGCUCUCAUGCGUCCCUUAAAACUGAAAUGAGCCUCUGAAAGGAAGCAAUGACAGUCUUAAAAAAAACCUGAUUAUAGAUUGGCACAGGAGUACAUUUACAGCAGUGUCUUUUAUGUCUUUUUUUACUCAGAGCAUAGGGUAAUCUAAAAAUUAGUGAAUUUGUGAGAAUUACCCAUUUGUGUAUAUCCUAGCCAGGUUAAAUGCCCUCCCUGACUACGUAAGUGAUUAAAAAACUGCCUGAGAUUAUAAAAUCCCUCCUCACUCUUCUAUUUGCUAUUUUACCCCAUCUCCUGCAGAGUUUAGCUCUCAUUCCUACACAGAGUCAGGUGUCAUCAGGGAGACCCUUGGGCCCCACUUGCUAUUGGAAUACAAUCUUUUCCUGCAAUUAUAUUUUCCUGUAAUAAUCUAACAUUAAGAGGGGAAGGGGAUGGGUUACCUCUUGGUCCAGGCAAGGCAGCAUCCCCCUAUGUCUCUUUUGAAAUCAGAGCAGUGCACUGAAAAUAAAGAUUGUUGAUGCCGACACUUAAGCUUGGGAGAAAUGAAUGGAGAGAAUUUUUUUUAAUGGUCUCUAAACCAGCCUUAAGUAAUUUACUCACUUCCUUAACACUUGGUCACUACCCUGAGGACCUGACAGCUGGGUUUUAAAUAUUGCUGUGCACCACAGCCCUCUGAGCUGUUCAUCUUCCCCACACCACCACCCUGGGGAUCCUCUGUACCUGAACAGGCCCGUUGGGCUGGUGGCAUUAAUUGUGGCGUGUUCAUCAGCAUUUCUCCACUGAACACUGCAAGGGCUGCUCAGGAUUUCCACAGCCAUCACAUCCUACCUGCCCUCAAGAUAUUUCACUGCUUUCUGGGGAUUUGGAGUUAGGGAAAGGCCAGGGAAAUAAUGGAACCAAGGGCAGUGCGACCCCCUCCUGCUGCUGCCAAAUGAAAUGGGUGCACACCCGUGGCCAACCAAACCAGGAGAAAAAAGAAUACAGCAAGGUUUAAUGCUGAAACCAAACAUUUGACUUUUUGCACAGCUUGGCUCACUUAAUCAUAAUAAUUCAGAUAAUUUGCCUCCUUGUGCCUGUUCAAAAAUCGUGCAGUUUAUGUCUCUAUAGCACUGCCAUGACAGCACAGCAGAAAGACUGUCCCUCAGUAGUGCAUUUAGGACCUUACAUUUCACUUUUAUGAGCAAAAAUAAAGAAAACCCAAUGAAAAAAAAGCCAGUGGAGUGAAACAGGUGCUGGAGGAGUGUCCAGCUGAGCAUAUUUUGGGUAAAGAAACUGCCGAGAAAAGCCACAAUGAUCAAUGCCAGGGGCUCGGCCAGGCCAGAGCCACGUCUCUGGCUGAGCUGACAGAGGGUGUCCCAGCUGAGGCCAUUCACUCAGAAAAGUAAUCUUUGGCCAUAAAAUGUGUGGCAGAGUGCUUUUAAAGGCUUUGAAGGAUCUGUGAGCCUGGGGCAGAGGGAACAGAAGAAGUUUCUCCUAAAUGGAAAAAAAUUGCUGAGUUCAGGAACCAGAUUUAUCUCAUCAACCACUUGUCCAAGCUUAUCUUGCAAAACAAUGCCUGUUUCAGCAAAUAAUCAACGAAACACUGUGUUGUAUUUUCAUUUUCACAUUUGUUCCAGUUCAUCAAGCUGUUUUGUCUACUAAAUACUCCCUUUGCCAAAGGCCGCAAAGUUCAAAUACACUUAUAGAAAACGUACAACACCUUUCUGAACUUGCCCACAAAAUUGUCCAUCGAAACAAUCUGGCAUUCCUUUCUCUGUGCUUCUUACUAGCUUGAUUCUCCUUUUUUUUUUUUUUUAUUUUUCCUCUCUCUCUCGGAAGGCUGUUCAGUGUGAUUUCCAGUCAUUUCUCUCAGGCUCAUUAAAGUUCUGAAUGUUGCAAAUCGCUUUUUCCCCCACCUUGUUAACAGAUGAAGUGACAAGGUAAUUGCACCGGGUCAGAAAUGUGUGACCACUCCCGCUUCAGUUCAGCUCUUCACACUUGUUUUUCUGUUGAAACGUUUUACAGAUCUCUUGUCUUUCUUCUAACUUGAUACAUGAGAAACAUUUAGGCUUGUUACAUUUUGUAUAAAAAAAUAAACACAAACAAAAACAAACGAAGGAAAUAAAAAAAAAGAGGUUGAUUUUCUAUUCAGAACAAAAGAGAAAAAGCUCUGAUAUACAACAUGUAAGAAUCUUGUAUUGUUACUGUAAACUUUCUAGUAGUGUAAUAGGCACUGGUUAUCAGUCAAUAAAAAUAAGAACUGUUACUGUUCUGAUGUCCUGAAUAAUCCUGCUGAACUCAAAGCACAGAUGUCACACCAGUUUUGUAGACCUCAACUACCAGAUCUUAGCAUUGUGAGUACCUUUUUUUUCUAAUAUACAAAGGAUAGAAUCUUUACACAUAACAAAAAAAAAAAAGUUAGGGGCUUAUCAAAUGUACAGUAGGACUCUGUUUGUGCGACGUAUGAGUUAAACAAAAUUUUGUUUGAUUGCAUUUUUAGAUUUCCUUUGUUGUUUUUGUUUGCUGUGGAAUUAUGAAAAAGCUACCAUGAACAUUUCUUACCAAAGUCUUGUGUAGAUGUUUUGUAGCUGUCUGCCUAACACAUUAUUAUUAUUAUUAUUAUUGUUAUUAUUAUAAUUAUUAUUAUUAUUAUUUUGGAAUAAAGACAUCUUUACUAUGAAUUUUACACUUGUAUGAGAUUCUGUUCAACUAAUAUGAUUAUGUACACCAAAAAAAAUUAUGAAUAUGAGUCAAAUCAUGUUCUUAUUUACAUUUUACUCCUGUUCAAGGUCACAGGAUAUCAGGAGUGAGUGGAUUUUAUUAGUUGUUUUUUCUACUUGGAAGUUGUUUGCAUCAAGGUCUUUGUCAAAUAGUUUGUUGUUGUUUUGAAAUCACAGGGUAUCUUAGGAACAUCACAUAAUGUAUUUGUGUAUUACUCUCAUGUGGGUUUUGUUGCUGUUGUCAGUUUUUAAUAAAAGAGAAACUAUUUAAAAGAA